GCCCCCUCUGCGCGCUUCUCCCAACCUUCACCCCCGCUCUGGCCCUCGACCACCAUUUCCCCCGUCAGACAACUAGGGCGAUUCCUGUGGUUUCUUGGGCGCGUAGCCUGCCUCACCCCUCUCGCCGCCACUCCUCGUCGACAUGGCGCCCAGCAUUGCCGAGCUGGACUUGAUGGUCCAGUCCUUCUACGAAGCUCGCGGCGAACAGCAAAAAGCCGCCCAGACUGCAUUGAACCAGUUCAAGGAAGACCCCGAUGCCUGGCUACUCGUCGACUCGAUCCUGUCCGAAUCAAAGCAUCCUCAGACCAAGUAUCUCGGCCUACAGAUCUUAGAUAAUGUUAUCAUGACAAGAUGGAAGGUCUUGCCCCGAGAUCAGUGUCUAGGUAUCCGCAACUUCGUUGUGAACUUCAUUCUCCAAGCCUCUAGCACCGAAGACUCGCUGCGAGCCCAGCGCACCCUCUUGAACAAGCUGAAUCUAGUGUUGGUCUCCAUACUGAAGCAAGAAUGGCCUCACAACUGGCCCACCUUCAUCAACGAGAUCGUCGCGGCCUGCCGCACGAACCUAUCCAUCUGCGAGAACAAUAUGAUCAUCCUCCGUCUCCUCUCUGAAGAAGUGUUCGACUACUCUGCUGAGCAGAUGACGUCAACCAAGACCCGAAACCUGAAGACCACCAUGUGCAACGAGUUCUCCCAGAUCUUCCAGCUCUGCCAGGAAAUCCUCGCUACGGCAGACCAGACGAGCUUGGUGAAGGCCACUCUAGAGACCUUGCUACGCUUCUGCAACUGGAUUCCGCUCGGGUACAUCUUCGAGACGUCGCUCAUCGAGACGCUACGAACACGCUUCCUGGAGGUGCCCGAAUUCCGGAAUGUGACGCUGCAAGUCUUGACGGAGAUCGGUGGCCUGGUCACCGGCGGUCCCGGGCAGCCAAAUGCAUACAGCGAGCAGCUGGUGAAGAUGUUUGUCGACGUGCUCACUACUAUCGCCACCAUAAUUCCUCUCGAGCUCGACCUGAAGACCACCUAUCCUCAGAGCAACUCGAAGGAUCAGGAAUUCCUCCAGGAAUUGGCCUUGUUCCUAUGCAACUUCUUUGGCCAGCAUGUCGAUCUCGUGGAGAAUCUUCCGAAUCGAGAUUUCCUCACUCACGGCCACUUCUACCUGAUCCGCAUAUCCCAGAUCGAGGACCGCGAGAUCUUCAAGAUUUGCCUCGACUAUUGGCUCAAGUUAGUGCAGGAACUGUACGAGGAAAUGCAGUCGACGCCUUUCCAAGAGGCAAAUCCGCUCAUGAUGGGCGCAGCCGGCGGCGCAGUUCCCCCGGCCAUCCUAGAGAACUUCCCGUUACGCAUGCACAAGUACAAAGAAGUACUGUCGAAUCUUCGAGUGGUCAUGAUCGAGAAGAUGGUGCGGCCCGAAGAGGUUCUCGUCGUCGAAAAUGACGAAGGCGAAAUCGUGCGAGAGUUCGUUAAGGAGAGUGACACGGUACAGCUGUACAAGACUAUAAGAGAGUGUCUUGUUUACCUGACCCACCUCGACGUGGUAGAUACCGAGACGAUCAUGACCGAGAAACUUCAGAAGCAAGUCGAUGGUACGGAGUGGUCGUGGCACAACUGCAACGUCCUGUGUUGGGCAAUCGGUUCGAUCUCCCUAGCCAUGAACGAGGAGACGGAGAAGCGUUUCCUCGUCACCGUGAUCAAAGAUCUGCUAGGCCUCACGGAAAUGAAGCGAGGAAAAGACAACAAGGCUGUGGUGGCUAGCAAUAUUAUGUAUAUCGUCGGCCAGUACCCUCGCUUCUUGAAGGCACACUGGAAAUUCCUGAAGACGGUCGUCAAUAAGCUCUUCGAGUUUAUGCACGAGUCACACGAGGGCGUUCAGGAUAUGGCGUGCGACACUUUCAUUAAAAUUGCGAGACAAUGUCGGCGGCAUUUCGUUGCUUUGCAGCCCAGCGAGAACGAGCCGUUCAUCGAAGAGAUUGUCCGGAGUCUCCAACGCAUCACAUGCGACCUCACCCCCCAGCAAGUGCACACGUUCUACGAGGCUUGCGGAUAUAUGGUAGCUGCGCAGGGGAACAAACACCAACAGGAGCGGCUGCUGGCUGAGCUCAUGAACGCCCCGAAUGCGGCUUGGGACGAGAUCAUUCGGCUAGCAGGACAGGAUCCUCAGAUUCUGCAGGACGCCGACACGAUCAAGAUUAUCGGGAAUAUCAUGAAGACGAAUGUAUCUGCCUGCUCAUCGAUCGGGCCGUACUUCGGCCCGCAGAUCGGCCGGAUAUACAUGGACAUGCUUCAGAUGUACCGUGCUACCAGCCAGCUGAUCUCUGAGGCGGUUAUGCGUGAUGGCGAGCUUGCCCCCCGAAUGCCCAAGGUCCGAGGCUUGCGCACGAUCAAGAAGGAGAUCUUGAAGCUUAUCGAGAGCUACGUCGACAAGGCAGAAGACCUGCAGGCAGUUCGUCAGCAGAUGGUACCACAACUCCUAGACUCGGUCCUGGUAGAUUACAACCGCAACGUUCCCGGGGCCCGGGAUGCGGAGGUUCUCAAGGCCAUGUCUACGAUAAUUACGCGGCUGACGGGUCUCAUGGAGGAUCAGGUCCCGAUCAUCAUGCAGAACGUCUUCGAGUGCACGCUGGAGAUGAUCAACAAGGAUUUCUCAGAGUUCCCCGAGCACCGAGUAGAGUUUUUCAACCUGCUUCGCGCCAUCAACCUGCACUGCUUCCCCGCGCUCUUGAUGCUAGACAACCGUCAGUUCAAGUUUGUCAUCGAUGCAUGCAUGUGGGCAAGCAAGCACGACAACCGCGAUGUCGAGAGCGCGGGUCUCAAUAUGUGCCUCGAGCUCGUCACCAACAUCGCCGAGAAGACGGACGUGCAAACGUCCAACGCUUUCUUCCAGCAAUUUUUCAUCAGCAUCCUACAAGAUGUCUUCUUCGUGCUGACGGAUCCGGACCACAAAGCAGGGUUCAAGACGCAGUCUCAGUUACUCGUACGAAUGUUUUACUUCGUCCACCCGGCGGACGGUUCCACCCCCAAGAUUCAAGGCCCCGUGUACAUAGACCAAGCUCCGGCCGGAACUAGCAACAAGGAUUUCCUCACGGAAUUCGUCGGUGGCCUGCUCCGCAACGCUUUCCCUAACCUCCAGGUUGCGCAAAUCAGUGCCUUCAUCGAUUGUCUCUUCACGCUCAACGCAACGUACGAGAGGUUCCGGCUCCAGGUCCGAGACUUCUUGAUCUCACUCAAGGAAUUCGCCGGCGAUAACGCCGAUCUCUUCGUCGUCGAGAAGGAACAAGAGGCCCGAGAUAAGCUCACAGCCGACCACGAGAGACGAUCCAAAGUUGGUGGCUUGCUGAAGCCGUCGGAAAUCGAGGUGGAGGACGAUGAGCUGUGACUACGGGAGGAGUUCCGGAACGAAUUCGCUCCCCAGCACCGGUCAACGGCGGUCGACCCACCUAAGCAGCCUUCGGCGGACCACUUCGACGGAUGGGAGGUCUACGGGCUCUGAGAACCGCUCGACGGCAUUCGGAUAACGGAUCGCGGCCCCAGUUUCUCGUUCCACCACGUCUCUUUGGCUCCAA